AUGGAUGCUGCUCGAGAGGAGAAGUGCGAGUUUCUGCCGUACUGUGCACCGAGGGUUGUAAAUAUUAAGGACGGUAAAAUAGUGUCGAUGAAAUUCGUCAAAACAGACAAAGAUGAUAGUGGAAACUGGUUCGAGGACGAAGAGCAAACUCUUACCAUAAAAGCAGACUAUGUCAUCUCUGCUUUUGGAUCAACUCUUUUGGAUAAGGAUGUAAUUGAAGCAAUGUCUCCUGUGAAAGUGAGCAAGAGAGGUCUUCCUGAAGUAGAUAGGACCAACCAGACGACGAAUGUUCCUUGGGUAUUUGCUGGCGGUGAUGUUGCCGGAGUAGCCGAGACAACGGUGGAGUCUGUGAACGAUGGAAAGAUAGCAGCAUGGUCAAUUCACAAAUACAUACAGUCAUUGCAUGGAAAUGAUGUCGGCAGCACACCAAAGCUACCAAUGUUCUACACGCCGAUAGAUGAGGUAGAUAUAUCAGUGGAGAUGUGCGGUGUGAAAUUUGAGAAUCCAUUUGGACUGGCUUCAGCUCCACCAACAACUUCAGGCCCCAUGUGUCGACGAGCCUUUGAGCAAGGCUGGGCAUUUGUGUUGACGAAAACGUUUGGUCUCGAUAAGGAUCUGGUCACAAAUGUUUCUCCACGAAUUGUCAGAGGAUCUACUUCAGGACCAAUCUUUGGCCCUAAUCAGGGAUCCUUCCUGAACAUCGAACUGAUCUCUGAAAAAUCGGCUGCAUACUGGUUACAAUGCAUCAGAGAGUUGAAACAAGACUUUCCAACCAAAAUCGUAGUAGCCUCCAUUAUGUGCACAUUCAACAAGGAAGAUUGGGUAGAUCUUGCUACACAGAGCGAAGCUGCGGGUGCUGACAUUCUUGAGUUGAAUCUGUCGUGCCCACAUGGAAUGGGGGAGAAAGGGAUGGGACUUGCUUGUGGACAGGAUCCGGACAUUGUUAGAACAAUAUGCUCAUGGAUUAAGCAAGCAGUGAAGAUUCCCUUCUUCCCCAAAAUGACUCCUAACAUUACGGAUAUCCGGACGAUAGCUGCUGCUGCUAAAGAAGGAGGUGCGAGUGGGGUCACUGCUACAAACACCGUAUCUGGUUUGAUGCAUAUGAAAGCAGAUGGCACAUCCUGGCCAGCAGUAGGUGAAGAGAAGAGAACAACCUAUGGAGGCGUGUCCGGCUCGGCAAUUCGUCCUAUAGCUCUAAAAGCUGUUUCUGCUAUAGCAAGACAAUUGAAAGGAUUUCCUAUUAUGGCUACUGGUGGUAUUGAAAGUGCGGAAACGGGUCUUGCUUUUCUGAAUGCUGGAGCUUCAGUUCUUCAAGUAUGCCUCAUGAAUAUGGCACUCCUCUAUUUGAAAGCAGCUCAGUCUCUGGGAAGCUGGGACGGACAAAGAAAUCUUAUUAAAAAACUAUAUUUACAGGGUCUACCUAAUUUUGGAAACUAUCGCAAUGAUCGUGCUAAACUGGAAGAAAGCACAUUUAAAAACGGUACUCCUGUGUCGAUAACUGGAGAGUUUGCGACACGUCCAGAUCUGAGUGUAGGAGAUAUCUCAUCAGUCCAGGACGUUAUUGGCAACGCUCUCCCUCGAAUUGGUCCCUAUGUCACUCUGGACAAUAAACUCCAGAAAGUUGCCCUCAUCGACGAUGAUAUGUGUAUUAAUUGUGGGAAAUGUUACAUGACUUGCAACGAUUCUGGCUACCAAGCCAUAUCGUUCAGCGAGCAAACCCAUCAGCCAAAAGUCAACGAAGAUGAUUGUACUGGGUGUACACUCUGCUACAGUGUCUGCCCGAUCCCAGAAUGUAUUCAAAUGGUGCCGAGGACAGGACCAUGGAAAGCGCCAAAGCGUGGUGUUACGCCUCAAUUUGAACCGGGAACUCCAAACGUUGUAAAAGUCAACGAACAGGGAGAAGUGAUUGUUGAUGCCAACUGA